AUGUCUUUUCAUUUUGCCCAAGACCUUUGGCCAGAGCAGAACAUAAAAGAUUCUUUCCAAAAAGUGACACUGAGAAGAUAUGGAAGAUGUGAAUAUGAGAAUUUACAGUUAAGAAAAGGCUAUAAACAUGUGGAUGAGUGUAUGGGGCACAAAGGAGGUCAUAGUACAGUUAAACAAUGUUUGACAGCUACCCCAAGCAAAAUAUUCCAAUGUAAUAAAUAUAUGAAAGUCUUUGAUAAAUUUUCAAAUUCAAAUAGAUAUAAGAGAAGACAUACAGGAAACAAGCACUUCAAAUGUAAAGAAUGUGGCAAAUUAUUUUGCAUUCUUUCACAACUAACUCAGCAUAGAAGAAUUCAUACCAGAGUGAAUUCCUACAAAUGUGAAGAAUGUGGAAAAGCCUUUAACUGGUUCUCAACUCUUACUAAACAUAAGAGAAUUCAUACUGGAGAAAAACCCUACAUAUAUGAAGAAUGUGGCAAAGCCUUUAACCAGUCCUCACAACUUACUAGGCAUAAGAUAAUUCAUACUGAAGAGAAACCCAGCAAAUAUGAAGAAUGUGGCAAGGCCUUUGAACAGGCCUCACACCUUACUAUACAUAAAAUAAUUAAUACUGGAGAAAAACCUUACAAAUGUGAAGAAUGUGACAAAGUCUUUAGCCAGUCCUCACACCUUACCACACAAAAGAUACUUCACACUGGCGAGAACCUCUAUAAAUGUGAAGAAUGUGGAAAAGCUUUUAACCUAUUCUCAAAUCUUACUAACCAUAAGAGAAUUCAUGCUGGGGAGAAACCCUUCAAAUGUAAAGAAUGUGGCAGAGGGUUUAACAUAUCCUCAAACCUUAAUAAACAGGAGAAAAUUCAUACUGGAGAGAAACCCGACAAAUGUGAAGAAUGUGACAAAGCUUUUAACCAGUCCUUAAAACUUACUGCACAUAAGAAAAUUCUAAUGGAAGGGAAACCCUACAAAUGUGAAGAAUGUGGGAAAGUCUUUAACCAGUUCUCAACUCUUACUAGACAUAAGAUAAUUCAUACUGGAGAGAAACCUUACAAAUGUAAAGAAUGUGGCAAAGCUUUUAACCAAUCUUCAAACCUUACUGAACAUAAGAAAAUUCAUACUGCAGAGAAAUCCUAUAAAUGUGAAGAAUGUGGCAAAGCUUUUAACCAACACUCAAACCUAAUUAACCAUAGGAAAAUUUAUACUGGAGAGAAACCAUACAAAUGUGAAGAAUGUGGAAAAGCUUUUAAUCGAUCCUCAACCCUUACUAGACAUAAGAGAAUUCAUACUGGAGAAAAACCCUAUAAAUGUGAAGAAUGUGGAAAAGCCUUUAAUCAGUCCUAUCAACUUACUAGACAUAAGAGAAUUCAUACGGGAGAGAAACCUUACCAAUGUGCAGAAUGUGGCAAAGCCUUUAACUGCUCCUCAACCCUUAAUAGACAUAAGAUAAUUCAUACUGGAGAGAAACCUUACAAAUGUAAAGAAUGUGGCAAAGCUUUUAACUUAUCCUCAACCCUUACUGCACAUAAGAAAAUUCAUACUGGAGAGAAACCCUAUAAAUGUGAAGAAUGUGGCAAAGCUUUUAACCAAUCCUCAAACCUUACUACACAUAAGAAAAUUCAUACUUCAGAGAAACCCUACAAAUGUGAAGAAUGUGGCAAAUCCUUUAACCAGUUCUCAUCUCUUAAUAUACAUAAGAUAAUUCAUACUGGAGAGAAACCCUACAAAUGUGGAGAUUAUGGCAAAGCUUUCAACCUAUCCUCAAAUCUUACUACACAUAAGAAAAUUCAUACUGGAGAGAAGCCCUACAAAUGUGAAGAAUGUGGCAAAACUUAAUUGAUCCUAAAAACUUACUACACAUAAGAAAAUUCAUACUGGAGAGAAUCUCCACAAAUGUGAAGAAUGUGUUAAAGCCUUUAACAAGUCUUCAACCUUUUCUACACACAGAAGAUAUUUUAUACUGGUGAGAAAUCCUACAAAUGUAAAGAAUGUGGAAAAGCUUUUAACUAAUCUUCAAACCUUACUGAACGUGAGAAAAUUCGUACUAGAGAGAAUCCUGCAAAUGUGUAAAAUGUGGCAAAGCCUUUAACUGGUCCUCACUUUUACUAAACAUAAGGUAAUUCAUACUGGAGAGAAGCCAUAUAAAUGAGAAGAAUGUGACAAUGCCUUUAAUCAGUCCUCACACCUUUCUACACUUAAGAAAAUUUAUACUGGAGAGGCACUCUAUAAUUGGGAAGAAUGUGGCAAAGCUUUUAACCAAUCCUCAUACCUUACCGUACAGAAAUUCAUACUGGAGAGAAAGUCUACAAUUGUGAAGAAUGUUGCAAAGCUUUUAACCUUCCUUAACCCUUACUGCAGAUAAGAAAAUUCAUA